CAGCCAGGCGGCGCUCCUGCGGGCCCCGAACGUGCGGCUAGCCGGGCCCAGCGCCCAGCCCCGCGGGCGGCGGCGGGCAAGCGGGCGCAAGAGCAGGAGCCGGAGAGCGGCGGGGCUGGGAGGGAAGCCAGGGCGAGGCGAGGAGGUGGCGGGAGGAGGACACAGCCGGGACAGGUGUCAGAUAAAAGAGGACUCUCCUCCUCUGCCGAGGCAUCAUGGCCGCUAAGUCAGACGGGAGGCUGAAAAUGAAGAAGAGCAGCGACGUGGCGUUCACCCCGUUGCAGAACUCGGACAAUUCGGGCUCGGUGCAAGGACUGGCUCCUGGCUUGCCGUCGGGGCCCGGAGCCGAGGACCCGGAGGCUGCUGGGGCCGGCUGCUGCCCGGACGGCGGCGGCUGCUCGCGCUGCUGCUGCUGCUGCUCGGGGAGCGGUGGCUCGGCGGGCUCGGGUGGCUCGGGAGGCGGCGGCCCAGGCGGUGGGGCAGGCUCGGCGGCUCUGUGCCUGCGCCUGGGAAGGGAGCAGCGGCGCUACUCGCUGUGGGACUGCCUCUGGAUCCUGGCCGCCGUGGCUGUGUACUUCGCGGACGUGGGAACGGACAUCUGGCUCGCCGUGGACUACUACCUGCGCGGCCAGCGCUGGUGGUUUGGGCUCACGCUCUUCUUCGUGGUGCUGGGCUCGCUCUCUGUGCAAGUGUUCAGCUUCCGCUGGUUUGUGCACGAUUUCAGCACCGAGGACAGCGCCACGACCAUGGCCUCCAGCUGCCAGCAGCCUGGACCGGAUUGCAAGACUGUGGUCAGCGGUGGGUCUGCAGCCGGGGAAGGCGAGGCUCGCCCUUCUACGCCGCAGAGGCAAGCAUCCAACGCCAGCAAGAGCAACAUCGCCGCCACCAACAGCGGCAGCAACAGUAACGAGGCCACCCGGACCAGCGGCAAACCCAGGUCUGCAUCCUGCUCCUUCUGCAUCUGGCUCCUGCAGUCACUCAUCCACAUUUUGCAGCUCGGGCAAAUCUGGAGAUAUUUGCACACAAUAUACUUAGGUAUUCGGAGCCGGCAGAGUGGGGAGAGUGGCAGGUGGCGGUUUUACUGGAGGAUGGUGUAUGAGUAUGCAGAUGUGAGUAUGCUGCAUUUGCUAGCCACCUUUCUGGAGAGUGCUCCACAGCUGGUCCUGCAGCUCUGCAUCAUCGUACAGACUCACAGCUUGCAGGCCCUCCAAGGUUUCACAGCAGCAGCCUCCCUUGUGUCCUUGGCGUGGGCCCUAGCCUCCUACCAGAAGGCUCUUCGGGACUCCCGAGAUGACAAAAAGCCUAUCAGCUACAUGGCCGUCAUCAUCCAGUUCUGUUGGCACUUCUUCACCAUCGCUGCCAGAGUCAUCACGUUUGCCCUCUUUGCUUCAGUUUUCCAGCUGUAUUUUGGGAUAUUUAUUGUCCUCCACUGGUGCAUCAUGACCUUCUGGAUUGUCCACUGUGAGACAGAAUUCUGUAUCACCAAAUGGGAAGAGAUUGUAUUCGACAUGGUGGUGGGAAUCAUCUACAUCUUCAGCUGGUUCAAUGUCAAGGAAGGCAGGACACGCUGCAGGCUGUUCAUUUACUAUUUUGUAAUCCUUUUGGAAAACACAGCUUUGAGUGCACUCUGGUACCUCUACAAAGCUCCCCAGAUUGCGGAUGCAUUUGCCAUCCCAGCACUGUGCGUGGUUUUCAGCAGCUUUUUAACAGGCGUUGUUUUUAUGCUGAUGUACUAUGCCUUCUUCCAUCCCAAUGGGCCCAGAUUUGGGCAGUCACCAAGUUGUGCUUGCGAUGACCCUGCUACUGCCUUCUCUCUGCCUCCAGAAGUGGCCACAAGUACACUACGGUCCAUCUCCAACAACCGCAGUGUUGCCAGUGACCGUGAUCAGAAAUUUGCAGAGAGGGAUGGAUGUGUCCCUGUCUUUCAGGUGAGACCAACUGCACCACCCACCCCAUCAUCUCGACCACCACGGAUUGAAGAAUCGGUCAUUAAAAUUGACCUGUUCAGGAAUAGGUAUCCAGCGUGGGAGAGACACGUGUUGGACCGAAGCCUGAGAAAGGCCAUAUUAGCCUUUGAAUGUUCCCCAUCUCCUCCAAGGCUGCAGUACAAAGACGAUGCCCUUAUUCAGGAGAGGCUGGAGUACGAAACCACUUUAUAAAACAGAAGAAGCCACAAUGUCCAUAUGAAGAGAUGACAGCAGGGCUGUGGCAAUAAUGACACUUAAUCUAAGAGUAGGGCAAUGAGCUAUAUGUUCUUAGUCCCAACAUUGUCAUGGUAUGGUUUGAUCUUCCAUUAGCUGACCACCUGCUGCUGGUGUCUAUUCAAGCCAGCAGUGCUGAGAGUCUCUUACUCCACCUAAAGGGGCAAUGCCAGCUUAGUAUGACUGUUGUUACCAAACUUCUCCAGCCCAGGCUUGGAGCACAUUCACCGGAGGGUACCAUUAUUAUAAAAAAUUUGUUGCCUCUAAUCAUUAAGGUAUUUUGAUGGAGUUUACUGAUUUUUGCAUAAAUACGUUCAUACACACACCACCACCACCACCACCACCACCACCACCACCACCACCACUACCACCACUCCCACCACCUCCACCCCUCUAUCUAAAGAGUUGAGGUGGGCCUAGAAAGACAACCCAGUAGUUAAGAGCACUAACUGCUCUUCCAAAGGCCCAGGUUUGAUUCUCAGCACCCACUUGGUAGCUCACAACU